AUGGAUAAACCUAACUUAAGCCAAUAUUUCGAUGCACCCGAAAUUCCGCCUGCUUCGCAAUUCUUUGAUGAAAUCGGCACUUCUCCGUCUGAUAUGGUACAAAGUGUAUAUUUAGGUGAUUCACAAGGUGUGACUGCCUCAUUCAACCAGCAUAAAACAGCCCCUGAAGGUCCACCAACAGAUAUUCUACCUACUGUGAGUGGUUCCACUUCAAUUCCUGUCACAAGUCUACCUGACCCUUCAACAUUCUUUGACACAAUUGGGCCUGAACCUCAGAUCGGAAGUAUUAAAACUAAUCCUGGAUCUGCAGCAAUGAUCACAGAUGCUAUGGAUGGUUUAAGCAUUAAGAACCAACCUGUAGAUAAAGAGGCAGAUAGAAGAAGAGAUGCUUGGAUACCCAAUGAAGAAGCAAAGAAAACACUUUUAAAGGCACAAUCAUCACCAAAGGGUUCAUUCUUCCCAGAGAGAGAAGUGCUGACUAUGCCUGGAAUUGUCUUAGAAGAGGAACUGGCUGAUGCCCUUCAGGAAGUAGCAGUAAAGUAUCUCGGAGUGAGUUCAGCGGGGAGUCGCGGAGUGGUCAGAGCUGAACAUGUCAGCCGCGAUGAAGCUGGUCUGCGGGAACUGUUGCGUACAGGUUAUUUACGAGCCGCUGUCAACCUUACCGCUACGUUAAUUACUGCCGCUGGCCAAGGUCCCGGCCGUAUGCAACGCCCAACGAAACAUACACCUCGCUCUUUGCAACUGUGGCUUACGAGAUUUGCAGUUAUGUUGCGAAUUAAACUAAACGAACCUCUUGUAAAGGAGGCUGAACCGUUUGGAGACUUUAGCAAGCCUGAUAUGUUUUAUCAGUUUUACCCUGAUAUAUAUGAGAAUCGCAGUGGGUCGCUAGUUCCGUUCUCCUUACGGCUGCUAAUAGCAGAACUACCAAGCCAUCUGGGAAAACCUGAAGAUGCCAUGGACAGACUGUAUGCAAUGCUGCAUGUCAUACAAACAAUGUUGGACAACCUGAAUAAUAACAGAACAGAAGACGGCAGUGGUGCCAUAACAGAGGACGACAGAACUGAGUCAAUGCGUUUGUGGUCUGGACGUCGCGUGAGAGUUUUACAUUCUAUUGUCAACUGUGCAAUUGCAUUGAAAGACUACAGACUAGCAACAAAUAUAGUUACCAAGCUGCAACAACAGGCCACGACAGCGCAACAACAGCGCGCAUUGUCCAGUGCGUUAUGUCGUUUGCACCUUUUAGCGGGGAACAUCGAAGCUGCCAAUUUACAUCUACAACACGCUAGGCUGACCAGACAUCAUUUGUGCCCCACCCCUGACGUCCGCGAGUACGUGGAUGUAGGACUAAUAGAUAUUGCGCAGGGAAAAUACCAAGAAGCGUAUAAUAACUUCGCUCGAGCUGGCGAUCAAGAGCCGACCAAUAUUAUGGUAGCAAACAACAUAGCAGUAUGUCUCCUCUACAUGGGUCGCCUAAAAGAAGCAAUAUCAGUACUACAAAAGGCGAUUCAAUCCGAUCCAGAACGCGGUCUUAACGAGAGCCUCCUUGUCAAUCUAUGCACAUUGUACGAACUAGAAUCGGCGAAUACCGGAGACAAGAAGUUACAUUUAUUACGAAUGCUAUGCAAACAUAAGAGCGACACUGUCCCCAACGUCGUGGAAGCCCUGAAAUUGACUUAA